AUAUUGGUUCGUGCUAAGGGUACUGUUAGCAACCGGGGUUUCGCACUGGGCCAGCUGGAGGUUUGUGCCCUAACACUGAUAUAAACAGUCUGAUGUUGAUAAUAAAAUUAUAAAUUGCAGGCACAUGUUCGACUUACUGGAGGCAGCUUUUGAAGUCAUGAAGAUUUACGAUUACUGUAUCAUCAGAAUUCCGUGUGAGGAACAGACACUACCUCUCCUACAACACUUUAGUUAUGUACCGACAAAACGAUCGGUGUGCAGUAAGUACGCCUUGUAUAUCGCGCACAGGGCUUCGGUGUUUGGUAAAUUGCGAGUGAAGGAAGCCGAAUUGGUUGACGUGCCAAAUAUUGCAACUUUACUAAACAAUUUGGAGGGAAAAGAGACUCUAUGGACCAUAGAGAACUGUAUCCACGCCAGGGACCAACACAAAGCCUACGUUCUCCUAUCUGGAUUAACAGUUGUCGGCGUGGGCAUAUUGGAGCCCCCGGAACAGGUAGACUUUAUCCGUGCCAAGUUCAACAUUAACCUGUUCCACAACCAAAAGUACCAUUACCACGGUCAAGGUUACAACGCCGGCAUUACCACAAUAAAAGUGAUCCAAGCGUAUUCCGUUUUCGAGCCGCAUUUCAGAUUCUUCGCCAGAGAAAUGAUGAGAUUUGCCGGAUUCAGCACGCUGUUGUGGCUCACGGCUUAUCGUAAUAAAUGGGAAUCGCACAAAGCAAAUUCAUUGGCAUCAGCAAUGAUGCCUCUGCUACCGAAGACCACUGAAAUGGACUGCACGGUCACACCGGAACUGCAGAGUUUCGGGAAUCUUUGCCAGAAAAUCACUGCAUUCAGCACUUGGUAUAUAGGACGGAAGUUCACCUCUGUGCAGAAAGUAGAUAUCAAUACAAGGAUAGUCGUGAUCGGCGCUUCGCGUACUGCUAUGUCUUUUCUUAAUAGUCUGUUGUUCACAGACGCGUCGUCUUACCUUAAUUUCACGAGUGUGACCCUCAUUUCGCCCGAUGGUUUACCCUACAUACGGCACUCGAAACGCGCCGCGGAAAUGAUGUUCCCCGUAUACAGGAACAGCACUGACAAGUAUAUGAAAAGCGUACCUUACACGUACUACGUUAAUGUCGUGCAAGGCACUAUGGUAGAUAUCGAUAGGAAAAACAACUACAUAGUUUUACGUAAUGGUAAUAAAUUUUAUUACGAUAAGCUAUUUUUACUACUGGGUCGACAAUAUCAACACCCUGACUACAUGAGUGAUGUCGAAGAAAGACAGAAACUGAAUGAGUUCGGCUCAAUGCCUCCUUACGUUCGGCUCGACGUACCACGAGUGGAGUACGAGGUUGGAUUUUCGACCGAGACUGUCCCAACCAAUGUGUUCAUUGUGAACACUUUAGCGAUAGCGAAAAAAGCUAUCAAUUAUGUGAAGACCCUUUUCUUGGACUAUAUCAGCUUUAAUAAGAUCAUAGUGUAUGGCAGUUCCAUACACGCUUAUUGCUGCUUAGCUGCAUUGCUUGAAGCUGAUAUACCGCCGGAGAGCAUCAUAUUUGUGGAACCGUUUCCACCCGAGAAGACUAGUAAGACUAGACUGCCGGUAUUCUGCAACGCAUACGUCGACAAAACUAUAAGGGAAGUGUUAAACCACGAAAACCUGACAGUAUACCGUUCGUACUACUUCCAAUCGUGGGCGCUGGACGAGUUUGGACUAGUUACCCAUGUGGAGUUCCUCUCCUACUUCAAGGUGGUGCGGCUGCAAUGUGCCGCUCUAUUCUACUACGGGAAGAGAGGCAUCAACGCUAUGGCACUUGAUGCUAUUAACAGAAGCAGUUUAGUGUACGACGGUGGUAUACUGAUAGACCACGAGUUCAGGACAAAAGACCCUCGCAUUUACGCUGCUGGGACAGCGACUAGGUACCACCGGCGGUACUACGCUGACACAUUUCGGCAGAAGUACUUCAACGCUGGAGAGAUCGGGGAAAAGCUUGGGAAUCAAAUCAGGAAUCAACUGGACCCACUCUUCUCAAAAACUAAUCAAAACAGAAGCAAGAGCUCGGUGAGAUUUUCCAUGCCGAGCGUAGUGGAUGGAGAUGUUUUACCUAUAAACUAUGUUUCUGGCCAGCAUCACAAAUCAAUGUCGGAAACCACUGAAGCGAACGACGAAAGGCUACCAGUGUUCAAGAAGCCCGUCACCACUUACUGUACGCUGCCUGGAGGUCUCCAGUACUUGGAAGUACGCCCGCCUGGCCUGAAGCAACCUACCUAUUACGUUCAGUCCUUGAAUUUCAGUGGUACCGUGAUGGAGACAUACAAACGAGGCUACUUCAAGAUCCACCUGAACAGCAACAAUGUUGUAGACGGCAUCACGUGUCUCAGCACCCAGAACUACUCGCUGGAUAACUUCCAGAAUAUCUACGGGUUACCAGCAAACGUGCUAAACAACGUCUACCUACGGUACACUGCUAAAAAGAUAGAUGAUUUUUACGAAUUCUUCCGAUCACCGUGGGCUUUCUUUCUAUAUCAUGACCAGUGCGAUGAUUUAUUUGCUAUGGCCAAAGAGUUGCGACCUAAGUGUCAAAGAAAUGGAGACACUCUGGGAGAAACUUUGAACACUAUCGCAGACCAUUUAAGUGAUUUCUCGCUCCGUUUCGAAACGAAGCUAAAAGUCCGCUCGAAAUUUGAGCAUUCCGCCCAUAUGGAGGCGAUCGCAGACUACGUGCUAGAAUGGCUAGGGGAUAAUGAACUUCUACUCCCGAUGUACAUGCACCCUGGACAGCUGACUCUCAUGCAAUGGGACCUCGGGACCCAUCCCGCCUUUCGGAAGAGGAAGACCAGCUUAGUGAAAAUAAUGAAAAAUACGUUUUAGUUUGACCUAAUAAAGAAC